GUAUCUUCCUAUUUGCCAGCAUAACCUGUGUCAGAAAGGCGGUGGCGUUGGAACUGUGAGGUUGUAGUUUGAAGUUAAGAAAUAAUUAUAUCUCGUAUAAGUUUGAACAGCGCUUAAAGGUGAAAUAAAAUGGGUUCUACAUAUCUGACACUUUUCUCUCAAGUGGCUGACCCUGUCACCUCUUCUGGCAACAAAGUGACUAUUGUAGGAGUUGGACAAGUAGGAAUGGCAUGUGCGUUCAGUAUACUUACACAGAAUGUUGCAAGUGAACUUGUUCUUGUUGACGUUGUUGCUGACAAGUUGAAGGGGGAGAUGAUGGAUCUCCAGCAUGGAUCGACUUUCAUGAAGCAUGCAAGAAUUAAUGCUAGUACUGAUUAUGCAGUGACGGCCAACUCUAGGUUGUGCAUCGUGACUGCCGGCGCGCGCCAGAAGGAAGGGGAAUCUCGAUUGGAUCUGGUGCAGAGAAACACAGACAUUUUUAAGGGCAUUAUACCAAAACUCGUUGAAUACAGCCCUAAUACCAUUCUGCUUAUUGUCAGCAACCCAGUGGAUAUUCUAACGUACGUCGCGUGGAAGCUCAGUGGGUUGCCGAAGAACCGCGUCUUUGGUUCUGGCACCAACUUGGACUCGUCAAGACUUCGAUUCUUAAUGUCUCAGCGUCUUAACCUGUCCCCCACGAGCUGUCACGGCUGGAUUAUUGGAGAGCACGGAGACUCGAGUGUUGCCGUGUGGUCUGGAGUGAAUGUGGCCGGCGUCCGUCUCCGGGACAUCAAUCCGGCGCUUGGAAGCGUUGACGACGUGGAACAGUGGGAAGAAAUGCAUAUGCAGGUAGUGCAGAGUGCAUAUGAAGUGAUUAAGCUGAAAGGUUAUACCUCAUGGGCUAUUGGACUUAGUGUGGCAACACUGGCCCAGUCGGUACUUCGCAAUGGCUUUAAUGUUCAUGCAGUAUCCACAUUAGUCAAUGGCCAGCACGACAUUGAUAAAGAGGUAUUUCUAUCGCUGCCUUGUGUCCUGGGCGAGAAUGGGGUUACGCACGUCGUGAAACAGCCGUUGACUCAGGAAGAGAAGGAAAAGCUCCACAAAUCUGCCUCUCUUAUGGCAGAAGUUCAGUCCAAGCUCAAGAUGUAACUUCGUGCACUGUACAAGAAACGUGUGAACAUCUGCGUCUCAGUCUUAUGAUACGAGCACUGAAUAACCGAGGCCUGGAGCGGGAGCCAUCACAGUUUCCAGAUUCAUUUUUAUCUGUUCCCCAUUACUUCUGAAUAGUUAAGGUGUAUCAGAUCAUCAGCCUACUACAGAUCUUUUCUUCGGACUUUAAUGUUGGAAAUUUCUUUCAGUUUCAUUCAAAACUUUUGUGCUUUUAUUUAUUGUUCCUUAGCAAAUGUUUUUUGAUAAAGCAGGAGAGUAAUCUCUGUUUCUUAUGUCUCUUCUUAUUUAAUUUCUAAGAUAAAUUUGUAAUAAUGUUGCAUCUUUGAAUUCUUAUGUUCAAAGUUGGUGAAUGUAUCGCGUUCCUAGAUACAUUUUUAUUCUCGUAAUGAAGGGAGGGGGUGAGAAAUGAAACAUGACUACUUAAAAAAUACAUGCCUAUGUUUAGUAAUUAAUGAUGUUCAGUCAAAGUAUGCAGAUAAGAUGAGUAAUUUUACGUGCAUAUUGUAGUAUAUAUAUAAUUUCAUUUCUUUAUUGGUGAUGUUGGCAUGCUUGUAUUUUCUGGAGUAUUUUAUAUUUUAUAUGAAUGGUUUAUAGUCUGACACUGUUGUCAGCAUUGUCUAAAUGUUCAUGUUGGCCCUCGUAUGUCCACUAUGUAGAUGCAAACAUAAUAAAUGUUUAGUUUUGUAAGCAUCUACUAGUGACAGUCAAAGAUGCAUUUUGGAGGUCGGUAAAAUAUAUUUGUGGAGUAUUAUGUGCAGUAUUAUAUUUGUGCUGUUUCUUACUACUUAUUUAUGUUACAUUUCUUAAAUGUAUGUUGCUUUAAUUCAGUAAGCCAAAGAAACUGCAUGUAAUCAUCGUGGGCUGUUGCGAUUCACAUUUAUUUGUACUUACGUUACAUAAUGUUGCUCUCUUAGGAAUUUUUGGAUAACCAUGAAAUAGAUUAUCAUAUAAAUUCUACCCACAUUCAGUGCUUAAUGGGAAAAUUACCGUAGUCUAGGUCAACUCUUCCGUCUCGCCGCUGCAAGCCAACACAGCAAAAGUAUAAUCUGCUCAAAAAUUUUAACUUUUUACGUUACUAAAAGUAUUAAAAAUAUGAUUUUGUGCUUCAGUACUCCCACCCCAGAUUAAUGUAGAAUCUAACAUAACAGUACAUAAUUCGCUUCUAUAAGUAUUAACAGUAUCUUUUAAUGAAAUUUACUGCCAUUUAACUAUUGGAAUUGUUUACUUAAUAUUACCGCUUGCUGAACUGUUGUUUAUAUGAUGAGUUAAGAAAAAAAAAGUUUAAUCACCAUUAAGGAGUUUCUUGUCUUUCUUCUGCAUAUUUUGUAUCACUUUAAAUUUCAAAAUCCAGAUUUGAAAGUAAGGCACAUGUCUUCUAAGUUUGAAUAGAUUCCAUAAAAUAUUGUAGACACUGCAUUUAUCUGUUACUACCUCUAAGAAACUCCUUAAGUUUCCAGAUAUUCUUUUUCUGAAAUCCAGCAACGUGUUUUGUGUGCAGGAAUGGUGUAACCUAGGAAGGGGCAAUGUCUUGCGCUUGUGCAGGACUCUGCCUUUCCUUAGCUUUUUGGUUGGAUGGUGGUGGUCCUAUAAAGUGCACUUUAGAAAAUUCUGAAAAAUUGUUGUCUGCAGUACGAUUUCACACCCCUCAUAAUGCAGGACUCAAAGUGUACGUAAUUUUUAACUGGGUCCUUAUGAUAGGUGUAUGAAGUCUCAGCCAGAGUAUUUAAAGUUUGAUAUCUGUUAUAUGUUGGUGUUAUUUAUUGCCAGAGUGUUUGCCAUACGACCAUUUCUUCAUAUUUUCCAGGAUUACUUCUAAGUUAUAUGUACUUACUUUGUGAUGCAAUUAUUGAAUAUCUGUUUGUAAAUUAUAUUCUGUAUGUGUCAGUAAAAGUUGGUUGUAUUU